AUGUAUAUACAUAUACUGACCAGCAUGGAAAUUAAGAAUAAAUCGGAAAAUUUAACUAUUAGCAAUCUUUUUAGAACAGGUGAUAAUAGAGGAAAGACAAAUAUGGUCAUGGAUAAUAAGAGCAAGCUAAUAAUAGAUAGUGAAAAGAAGAAAAACAUAUGGUCUAUAUUUACGAAAUUAGAUGAUAGUAAUAAUAAGAAAGAUGACGAUGAUUUGAAUAGUAGUAUUAAUUUAAAUGAUAAUUGUAUUAAUUAUGAUGAAAAUGAAAGUAUCGAGAAUUUUUUUUCUCCAAGAAAUAUAAUGGAAAAAGAUAAAAAGAAUAUUACAUAUUCGAAUGGUACCUUAUUUAAAAAUACAGAAGAGAAUUAUGAAAUUAAAAAUGAAAUAGAAAAUAUAUCUAAUAGUUUUAAACGUAAAUAUAAUAUAUUAUUAACAGAAAAAACGGAUGAUAAUAUGUUAAAUGAUAUAAUAUCAAUUAAAAAGAUGAAGAAAGAUCAAAAUGUGAAUUGUCCAAGUUAUAAUUCUUAUAGGGAGUUUUUUUUAAAAAGUGGGGGAAACAAAAGUAUUAGUAAUAGUAAUAGUAAUGGUCAUAGUAAUAGUAUUAGUCAUAGUAAUAGUCAUAGUAAUAGUCAUAGUAAUGGUCAUAGUAAUAAUUGUUAUACACUUAAUAGUAACGAUUUUGCCUUAAAUAAUAAUAAUACAAAUUUGAUUAUUUGUGCUAAUAAUGAAAGCCCAUUUAGUAGUAAUAGCUCUUUUAUGAAUAAUAAAAUGAUAUAUAAUAAAAUAGAAAAUGAUGAUAUAUCUAGAAGAAUGAACAAAAUAAAUAAUAUAGAACAUUUUAAACCUAUUAAUACAUUAAAUGAUAAAAAUAUAAUUAUGAAUACUACUUCUAUUAAAUCUACUACUUCAACAAUUUCAACGAGUUCAUCUAUUACAACACAUGCAGGUCCAAUAAGAAAUACAAAAUAUGUAGAUGAUAAUGACAUGAACAGUUCAGGACAAAAUAUUCAAAUAUACCAUAAUGUGGAAAAAGUUGAUAGUAAUAAUAAAAAUUAUAGUAGUUACAAUAAUGUAAAUCAUUACAGUAAUAAUAAUAAUAAUAAUAAUAAUAAUAAUAUUAGUAAGACAACAAAUGUUAUUAAGAAGAAAAAUAUUUGCGUACCUGUGAAAACCUUAAAUAUACAACAUAAAAAAAAACUAUAUAAUUCAACUCCAAAUAAAAAAGCACAUACGUUUCAUAAAAAUGAUAAAUUUGAUAUAUUAGGUAAAUUAGGUGAUGAUGUAUUUAGAUAUAUUAUAUCAUCUGUAAAAAAUAAAAAUUUAUUAUUAUUAAAUAAAAGAUGUUGUGAACUUAUACGUUCCUUAAGAAUAAAAUUAAUAUAUGAUGAAUCUUUAAAAAGUUCUAUAUCACCAGAUAGUAUAAUGAAAACAAUAUAUUUAUCAGAGAAUAUUGAGAUAUUAGACUUGUCAGGUUGUUCUCAUUUAACAUCUCAUCAUUUUCAGGUUUUUGCUAAUUGUAAUAAUAUAAAAUUUCAAAAGACCUUAAAAGUAUUAUGUUUAAAAAAUUGUAAUAAAAUAUCUGAUUCAAGCUUAAAACUUUUAUUACAUAGAUUCAAAAAUUUAGAAGUAGUCGAUAUACGUAAUUGUUAUAAAAUUAGUCAUGAAGGUAUUUAUCCUUUAAAAUUUAAACAUACAUUAAAAAAAUUAUAUAUGGGAAAUCUUACUUCAUCAAAUGUAACAAAUUGCCAUUCCAAUGAUUCGUUAAAAGUAUUAUUUAAUAGUAAAAAGGAUAAUAUACAAUUAGAUACAGUUUUAAAUAAUUUAAUAGCCUUAGAAAUAAUUAAUGUAAAACUAUUAGAUGAUAUAUCACAUCUAUAUAUGAUUGCUAAUAAUCUAAAGAUUCUUAAUUUUAAAGGUUGUCCUAUUGAUGAUACUUCUUCAAAUUAUUUUCAAUAUUUCAAAAACUUACUUGCUCUUAAUUUGUCAGAAACAAAUAUAUCGAAUCAUUUAUUAAAUGUCGUUAUAAAGAAUUCAACAAAAUUAAAAGUACUAGAUAUUUCUAAAACUCCGGAAAUACUUAAUAGUACCAUUUUGGAAAUACCAAAAAAGUUGAAGCACUUGAAAAAGGUUAAGUUAGCCCACUUGCAAAACGUUGAUAACUUUUGCUUGAGAGAAUUUUUGAAGUACUGUAAGGAUCUAACAUGCAUAGACUUUUCAAACUGUUGGAAAGUCAACAACACUUUUUGUAAUCUAAAUGGUUUGGAAAUCGCCGCAGGAAAUAAAUUAAAAGACAUCGGAGCCUAUCAAUGUUCUAUUGACAGAAAAUCUUGCGAAGGAUGUUUCGCAGAACUUGGAUGUAUAUCCUUACGUGUUCAUGUUUAUAAUGAGCUAUUUUUAUUUGAGACAUCCAUUUAUACUGAUAUUAAAUUACUUGAAGACGAUUAA